AUGUCAGACUACUUCGUGUUCCUACCUGGAGAUAUGCUGGUCGACAUUCUUACUAGACUACCUGCUGAGACUCUCGUUCGAUGCACAUCUGUGUGUAAAUCAUGGUACUCUCUCAUCACAAACCCCAGUUUCAUCACCAAACACCUCAAUCGAUCCAAAAACAACCACCUUCUACUAUUUCGAAGCCACACUGAUCCUUAUGUCGGCGAUGAUAAAGAGCAUUAUUCACUACGUUACGAUGACGUAAGGUUCUUGGAGUAUGCAGAGCUUGAUUUGCCAUUGAAGAGCAUCUGCAGCCAUUAUUUUAGGAUAAUAGGUAGCACCAAUGGCCUCAUUUGCCUCUCAGACGAUCAGUUCAGGUAUGUCAAUGAUCUCUUUCUCUGGAAUCCUUCAAUUCGAAAGGUUUUUCCCCUUCCACCGGUUCGUGUCACCUUUCAAUCCCACGGUCCAUUCGUUGCCAACAUUGGCUUUGGCUUUGAUUCCAUCACUGAUGAUUACAAGGUCAUCCGGAUUGUGCAUUUUGAAAAUGACUACCACCAGCCACCUGAGAUUGACAUUUUCAGUCUGAGCACCGCACUUGGCGCAACAUCAGUCAUUUGGCGCUUCCAAAUAUCAACAUCAAUGAGCUGGCUCCCCAGGCUUUUCUCAAGGGGGCUGCACACUGGGUUGCUUCCUCAAUGGGGCUGCACACUGGCCGCUUCUUGA